AUGUGUCUUACUCUUCAAACCAACGUCAAAAACAGCGCUAUCCUGGCACUACCUCGAGAACUGCGCAACCAAAUCUAUCAUGAGUGGCUACGUUCCACACCGAGCAUAUGGACCCAUUAUCGUUUGAGUCCUGAUGGUAGCUCCGUACCCGUAGAGCUGUAUCAUCGACAUGUUGCGCGGGAUCCCGACGCUAUGCCUUCCAUAGGCCUGCCGCCAUGGCUUCUGGCAUGCAAGACUUUCCUGCAAGAAGGCAUGGCAGAAUUUGACUCCGUCUUCGAUUCGACCAUCGGCCCGCAUUAUGAUUAUCUGAGCAAGAAGAAGCGCGCAAAGCUAGUCGAGGUGCGUCAGCUGGUCAAUCCCGCCUCGAGAGGCACCUUGACGAUAUCGAUCGACACCCUGUCCACGUCCGACAAACCUACAUACGACCAUGGAGCCUGUUUCGAACUCGGCGAAACCGGAAUACGCACGAUCGAUCACGUUCUCCACACAACGGUAGUAGAGAGAGGAGAAAGCCUUUGGGUGAUCCGUCGAGAAAAGCUACACACUUUGCGCGUGAAAGCUGCGUUCGUUAACGUAUGCACCUACUGCCAGCGGUACAUCAGACGCUCAGAAGGACCGGAGGUAUGGGAGCUUGAUCUGAGUUCUUUGGAACACUAUGAAACCGAUCUCGACGUCUUCGAGCUCGAGGUCACUCAUGUCGAUACGAAAGCUGUUAAAGGUGGCUACGAACAUUUAGCAAAUUGUUGGGAUCGGGCUCAAGGAGCUUUUAAGGAGGAAGUAGAGCGGGUUGGCAAAGUGCUUACACAGGACUAUCACGGAAACGUUCAAGUCAAUCCAACAUCAACUUCGCCGAGGACUACGGUGUUUCGGUUCGAAAAGUCGGAGGAGUGUAAGCUCGCUCAACGGAGCCUGGAAACAAGGCCUCGUUGAGGUACCUCCAAGGGACUGAAGCGCAGUAUAAAAGGUAAGAAGAGGAACCUUCCGGCAGUAGUUAUUAGACUAUAACCCAGUCUUACAAGAGCAGGGAAAGGAAUGGGAGCGAUCAGGGGCUGCGACGAGAAGCCGCGGAAGCGAAAUAGG